UUUCCUUACAAAAUCAUCAUGUGUUGACCCCAUUUAAAAAAAAAAAAUUAAAAAAGAAAAAAAUGUAACAAACUAAUAUAAAAAUCAUCCCCUCAUUAUCAAAAUUCCAAGUGCUAUGAGUAAACGAGAAAUAAUCCAGAUCCAUAUAGGACAAGCUGGAGUACAAAUGGCCAGUGCUUGCUGGGAAUUGUAUUGUUUAGAACACGGCAUCCAGGUCGAUGGUCAAUUAUAUCCAGGAUACGAUACGGCCGAUCACAGUUCGGACACCUUUUUCAGUAUAACGGGUAGCGGACAAGCGGUUCCCAGAGUGGUAAUGAUCGAUUUGGAACCAACCGUCAUCGAUGAGAUUAGAACAAAUUACUACAGGAAACUAUUCCAUCCAAGCUCUCUGAUAACUGGCAAAGAAGAUGCAGCAAAUAAUUAUGCACGAGGCCGUUACACUAUAGGCAAAGAAAUGUUGGAUCUAGCCUUAGACAGAGUCCGUUUAACAGCCGAUGAUUGCCACUCGCUUCAAGGUUUCAUCCUUUUUAGAGCUUUUGGAGGUGGUACCGGUUCAGGCUUCACCACCAGCCUGUUGGAAGGCCUAUCAGCCGACUAUGGCAAAAAGAGCAAGUUAGAUUUUGCGGUGUAUCCAGCUCCACGUAUAUCUCCGGUCAUUGUCGAACCAUACAAUGCUGUGCUUACAACUCACGGCAGCAUCGAAGACGAAGAUGUUUGUUUCGUGAUGGACAAUGAAGCUGUUUAUGAUAUUUUAGAUAGAAAACUGGACACUCCUCGGCCAACUUACACUAACCCGAAUCGUCUUUUAGCCCAAGUGGUUUCGGCUGUAACUGCUUCACUUAGGUUCGAAGGUGCCACCAAUGUAAGCCUAGAAGAAUUCCAAACAAACUUGGUACCAUAUCCGAGAAUUCAUUUCCCAUUGGUCACUUACGCCCCGUUUAUAUCGGCAACCAAGGCUUUGCACGAGCAACUCUCAAUAGCUCAAUUAACUAAUGCCUGUUUCGAACCAGCCAGCCAAAUGGUCAAGUGCGAUACCAGAAAAGGCAAAUACAUGUCUUGCUGUUUGCUGUAUAGAGGAGACGUUUCGCCAACUGACGUAAAUAAUGUUAUAAACAGUAUCAAAGGUAAAAGAAGUAUUCAGUUUGUUGAUUGGUCACCGACUGGGUUCAAAGUUGGAAUCAAUUACAUGCCACCGACUACAGUACCUGGAGGUGACUUGGCGGCAGUAACGAGAGCUGUAACGAUGUUGUCGAACACGACCGCGAUUAGAGAGCCUUGGGAGCGGCUUUUACACAAGUACACUAUGAUGUACAAGAAAAGAUCGUUCGUACAUCACUAUGUUGGCGAGGGGAUGGAAGAAAACGAGUUUCAAGAGGCAAAGGAGGAUUUGGGAGCUUUGAUUAUGGAUUAUAAAGAAGUGGAUAGUGGAUAGUUUUUUUUUUUUUUUUUGGUAACUUCAUUAAACAUGAUGAGAAAUUCUGUUGAUUUGUUUUUGAUUGCUAUCGGAUGAAUUAAUAAAAAUUCGAUUGUCUCUUAUUAAUUUAUAUCAGUUUCAUCUGAUCGAAUCUAAUUGAAAAAGAAAACAUCAAGAGAAUAUAUAAACGAGCCGAUGGAUCCCUCGACGCAAGCCGAUUUCGUUUGCCCCCCUCUUAUUAUAUUAUUUUGAGCUUCUAUAAAGCCCUCGCUCUAUUUUAUUCUUGCGGUAACGACGGUAAUACGCAAUUAUCGACUGCGGAAUAACCGUAGGUACGUAGUUGAUACCGG